CCCAGCCAUGUUGAGGAGUCUGUCAAGCAAACUGCAGCCCGCCAUUGUGUAGAAACCAGGCUCUAUAGAGAGAUAGGGGCGCUUGGGUGAAACUCUUCAAUAGAUAGACACAUUCUGCACCCUGUCGCUUUUAUUUAGGAGUAAGUAUAGUAAUACAGGCUCCGGGGGGGAAAGACAUGUCAGCCAGCAGCCUUCUUGAACAGGUAAAGAUAGGUGUUUUCUGAACAUUUACGAGGGCCAAAUUUCUCAGCAUCGCGACGGCUAGCGAGGAUAGCUUAGCUCCGAGGCAGCGGCUGUGGCUCAGUAGUGCAGUAGGCCUGACCACCUGCUAAAGGAACUGACUGCUGAAUAUAUCUCUUCAUCUAUUUUUCCCCUUCCUCUCUUCUCAUAAAUCAAACCUUCAUGAAUCACCUGGACCCAAUCCAGAGACCGAAAGGCCAAGCUAAUAAAGUGCAAAACGGAGCUGUGACCCAAAAGGAUACUUUGAAUGACGAUGAGUUUGAGCCUUACCUGAAUACUCAGGCCAGACAGAGCAAUGCCUAUACGGCCAUGUCGGACUCGUACAUGCCCAGCUACUACAGCCCCUCCAUAGGAUUUUCCUACUCCUUGAAUGAGGCAGCAUGGUCCACAGGUGGGGACCCUCCUAUGCCUUACCUGGCCUCCUAUGGACAGUUGAGCAAUGGGGAGCCCCACUACCUCCCGGACGCUAUGUUUGGCCAGCCAGGUCCCCUGGGGAACAAUCCGUUCCUGGGUCAGCACGGUUUCAACUUCUUCCCCAGUGGCAUCGACUUCUCUGCAUGGGGCAAUAGCAGCUCUCAGGGACAGUCAGGGACACCGCAGAGCUCUGGCUACAGCAGCAGCUAUGCCUAUGCUCCCAGCUCACUUGGGGGUGCCAUGAUCGAUGGACAGUCCCCGUUUGCACCUGCUGCCAACGAGCCCCUGAACAAGGCACCUGGUAUGAACAGCCUUGACCAGGGCAUGGCAGGGCUUAAGAUUGGUGGUGCCGCUCCUGGUGGUAAUGGAGACAUGGCUCCUAAGGUGGUUGGCCCUGGCUUACCUGGUGGGGGUCCCCUUGGCCCUGUAUCAUCUGUAGGACCUCCAAGCAUGCCUCCUGUCUCAAUUGCCCCUGCCAAGCCCGCCUCCUGGGCCGAUAUUGCCAGCAAGCCAGCCAAGCCUCAACCCAAGCUGAAAACCAAGGGUGGCAUGGCUGGUGCCAAUUUGCCUCCACCGCCCAUUAAACACAACAUGGACAUCGGCACUUGGGACAACAAAGGCACCAUGCCUAAAGCUGCCACCCCUCAGCAGGUGCCCCCUAUUCCCAGCAAUGGGCAGCCGCCCAAUCAGUCUUCCCCACAGGCUGGAGCUACUGCUGUAGGGAACCCACAAAUGCCCCUCAGCAAUGGACAGAUGGUACCACCGGGUUCCCAGAUGGGGCAGCAUCAGCUUCCACCAAGUGGGCAUCCAGGUAUGGCUCAGAUGCCCCAGCCUCCUCUCUCCCAGGGUCCUCCUCCAAGCCAACAACAGCAACCUUCUCAACCUACUCGUUGGGUCCCUCCACGCAACCGGGCUAAUGGAUUUGGGGAUGGCAGUGGGAGUGGUACAGGCCAGUCACCUCCCACUUCCUCUGGAGUGGGUGUGGUUCCUGGAGUCCCCUCUGAGCCACACCCAGUCUUGGAGAAGUUGCGCAUGGUCAACAAUUAUAACCCCAAGGACUUUGACUGGAAUCCCAAGCAGGGCAGGGUGUUUAUCAUCAAGAGCUACUCCGAGGAUGACAUCCACCGCUCCAUCAAGUAUAACAUCUGGUGCAGCACGGAGCAUGGCAACAAGAGGCUUGAUGCAGCUUACCGUUCGUUGGGUGGCAAAGGUCCGCUUUAUCUUCUGUUCAGUGUCAAUGGGAGUGGUCACUUCUGUGGUGUAGCAGAGAUGCGCUCACCCGUGGACUACAACACGUCUGCUGGCGUGUGGUCACAGGACAAGUGGAAGGGUCGUUUUGAUGUGCGCUGGAUCUUUGUUAAGGACGUUCCCAACAGUCAGCUACGGCACAUUCGACUGGAGAACAACGAAAACAAGCCAGUGACCAACUCUCGGGACACACAGGAGGUACCACUGGACAAGGCCAGGCAGGUGCUUAAGAUCAUCGCUGGAUAUAAACACACCACAUCCAUCUUCGAUGACUUUUCUCACUACGAGAAGCGUCAGGAGGAAGAAGAGUGUGUGAAAAAGGUGGAGGUCCAAGGCAGUGAGCCAUAUCCCAGCAACCCAAGCAACAGGAGUCAUUACAGGCUUCAGGAGCGCCAAGGACGAGUCAAGUAACAGUUGGUGCUUUGGUCAAAAGACUGCAAUGGCCCCCCCUAAAGCCCUGUCCACCCCAUUACAUCAUUACAUCCAGAUCUCUAAGAAAUUCUAAUAGGGGUGAAGAAUUAACCGAGGACAAAAAAACUAAAUGAAGACUUUCUUGAUUUUCUUUUGACUUUAAAGACUUACUUCGAACUUGUAGUAAAAGAAAAGGAAACGAUUAUUCAUAGGACUACAACUAAAUGCAUAGCAUCCUUAGGUGAAAUCUUUUUUGCCCCACCCCAUUCCACUACAUAUGCUUUUCCCUUGUAUGCUGCUUUUUCCUUCUUUUUUUUUUUUCUUCUUUUUUUUAUAUAAAUGAAAGGAUCAUCUCCUGUUUUUAUGGUCCAAGAGCAAGUCUGUAAUUCUCAAACAAACACACAAAUUCAAUAGCAAUGUGUGGUGUUGGCUUAUAAUAGUGUCCCAAAGUCAAGAAUGAGCAGUUUGUCUCAUUUUCUUUGUAAAGCCCUCUCCCGCCCCCCCCCCCCCCCCCCCCCUCCCCCCCUGUCUUCUGAGGAUGCUCACAUCGUCACCCAGGACCCGGUGGAGUUUCCUCCUCUGGAUUUUCAUCGUAGACGGUGUCAACUACGCUCACAAUCUAUUUUGUACAUGCUUGCCAUGUCUUGUUUGAGAGGACUUCAGAUUCAGAACGGCCCUCUAUUUUGUUUUCGCAUGUGUUGGCCGGAGUGUGUGGAGAAGGUAGGAUGUGGAGGAUCUGGAGAGGGAGAGCAGGGAAGGGGGGGUCAAGAGUUUGAAAGCAGAAGAAAUGUUAAGUUGAUGAGCCUCGCUCAGUGUAUUAUUUUAUGGUCUGAAAAAAAUUGGGGCCCUCUGUUAACAGUCUUCAUUGGACUUUGUUUAACCUAUUUUUCUUUCUCUUGGACAAAUUCAUUGUUGCAAUGGCCUGCUUUCUUUUUUGUUUAGUUUUUCCUCCUUCCUCCGUUUUCUAAAGACAGUGAUGCGAGUGGCUUUGCCCUACUCUUUCUAUUAAUCAGUUCAAAAGUAAUAAAUGUGGUAUAUUCAGCAGAACUGGUGUGCAUUCCCCUUGUUUGACUGUAAAGCAAUUUUUUCAUGCAGCGUCUCUGUGCAUUCUUUUCAUCUGUUUUUCUUUUCCCUGAUGGGUAUAUAAAUUAAUGUGUUUUUUUUUUUUUUCUGCUACUCUUCAUACUCUGCCCGUCCACUCCCCAUCCUGACUUCAAUUUCCACUUUCUUCAUUUCUUCCCUCUAUUUUCCUAACCCACCUUGUCUGCCACACUCCCAUUUCUGACUGCCCCCGCCAACUUUGCAUACUAUGAUAUCACAAUCGGCUUCCACCAUUUUCAAAAUGUCAUUGUUGGUGAGUUUAAAAAAAACAACAAAAAAAACCCUGCAAGGUCCUCUUUCAGAACUACUGGCUUUUAUUUGUGGCAUAAUAAAGAUGCUCCACAAAGUGGUGUGUGGGUUUUUCCUCCUCAAUAGCGUUUGUUUCUGUAGUCACAUGGUUGGCCUGUACCUGUCUACUUGUGAUGUGUGCAUUUCCUUAAAGCAGUAACACCUGUUUGGAUGUCCCGAAUGAGUAAAUUCUGUCUUUUC